GUGAUAUCUUUAACUGUUGUGUUGAAACAAGCGUUGUUGUUUUACUGUAUUCAGGGUGUUGUCACGGUGGUUAAUGAUCGUCUAAUAGCAGGUGAUGGCUAAACCCAGAAUAUCUUCCAUUGACGGAAAGCUAGCUGAAGAAUUUGCCGUUCCCUCCCACGUCGAGGAGGUCAAAGAGAAGAUGGCUGCUUUCGCCAGGCAUCAUGUGGCAGCAGGUCGCAGGGUGGUCCUCAUCACAUCAGGGGGCACCAAAGUUCCCCUCGAGUCCCGCACUGUUCGUUUCCUCGAUAACUUCAGCAGCGGCAGACGAGGAGCCUCCUCGGCAGAGUAUUUCAUGGACUCCGGCUACGCCGUCAUCUUCCUACACAGGCAUCGCUCCCUUUACCCCUACGCGCGGAUGUUCUCAACCAUAAACAUGCUGGAUGCCCUGAAGUUCAGUGGAGGAGGAGGAGGAGCAUCAUCCAGUAACUCUGGUGAAGUGGUGGUCAACCAGCAGGUGCUUCCCAACAUUGCCAAAGCGCUGAAGCGAUACCAGGAAGUGACAGAAGGCGAACUCCUUCUGCCCAUAGAGUUCAGCACUCUGUCCGAGUAUCUGCAUCUGCUCAAAGCAGCAGCACAGGCACUCGGCACAAUAGGAUCCGAGGCCAUGUUUUACUUGGCUGCAGCUGUGUCUGAUUUCUAUAUCCCAGCAUCAGAGAUGCCUGAACACAAAAUCCAGUCUUCCAAUGGACCACUUCAACUCAGCCUGAACAUGGUCCCUAAGAUACUGUCUCCGCUGGUGAAGGACUGGGCACCUCAAGCUUUUGUCAUAUCCUUUAAGCUGGAGACGGACGCGGCCAUCCUGCUGGACAAGGCCCGGCGGGCUCUGGACACCUACAGGCACCAGGCGGUAGUGGCCAACGUGCUGGACUCCAGACGGGGUUAUGUGGUGGUGGUGACCCCCGAAACUCAGGCUGAGCUGAUCAUCACAGAGGAGGAUGUGAAGAACGACGUGGAGAUAGAGGAGAGGAUAGUGAGCAACCUGACAUCGGCGCACAACAAGUUCAUAACUCAAUAAGGAGGUUGACAGAAGGCAUCAACACUGCAUGUUUGAGUCGAUGACGCAGCUCUACGUUGUUGUUGGUGCUCUUACCAGAUCCCGAGUUUGGCUUUGAUUGCCUGUUCUGCUGUAAGGUUCCAUAACUUAAGUAAUAAUUAUAACUAUUAACAGAUGACGGUUUCCCGUGUCCUUUUAAUGUGCUCUAAAAACAGACCGUGGUUAUGAUGGUGUCUCUGAACAGGUACAACAUACAAGUUUGAAAGUAUUAAAUGUUUAUUCAUAUGAUGCAAUGAUCUAGAACAGAUUUUUCAACAACAAUUAUUGACAGCUGAAUAAUUGAGUGACAUGCUUUGCUACACACCUAUAAGAAAGAUUACAAGUACAGUCCAUUGGUAAUAAUCCAAUCCUGUGACUCUACUGGGCAGCAAAGUGUAGAUUCUGGCACGGUUACUUAAAUUUGACGCUCUUCUUGACACCAGCACGGAUACCAGACAGCUCUCCGCUGUAUCUCGUCUCCUCCCGACGAACAUCUCGCACCUGGUGAAUAAGAACGCAACGUGUUUGACACGGCCACAUGUACUCUUGAUUCAAACCGAGGAGCCGAGAGACAGUUCCCAGAAGCUUUAGAGGAAAACAAACCUGGCCCUUUCUGCGGAUUUUGGCUCGUCUGAACUUCUCUCUGUGCUUGACUCUGGGAUUACGAUCAAUCUUCUUCCUCUUGGGUGUGAGCCCCUUGUUCUUAGCCAUCUGUGGAAUAGGUAGAGGCAUGUUAUUAGAAAAACUGUUCAGAAAUGACAGUUAAACAUGUAAAUGCAGUGAGGAGCACCGUGUAAUUAUAUUGAGAAAAAAAAAUCAUGUGUAAGCUUGCUCUGAUGUACUUGUAGCUUCUCAGGAGGUGCACUCAUGACCCCAAAAAAAUAAAGAAAUAUACAUUUUA